AUGUCGAAACGAUUACAUAAGCACAUGAUCUCUUGGAUGUGAAUGAAGCAACCCUGGAAAUUUUAAUCAAUGGGCAGUUGCUGCUGAGCACAAGCCAAAGCUUUCAUUAAGAUCUCCGAGAGAGUCGUUCUUGGUGUAUCGUACAUCUAAACAGCAAUGAUUUCAUGAUAUCGCCAGAUAUCAAAAUGCUACUCAGUAUUAGUACUUGAACCAAUUUCAUUCAUCAGUUUUCAAUUAUGUCUAUUCGCGUUCUGCUCCGCGAAUAUCCCCAUCGCUCAAUUGCUCUUGUGACGCCUACACACACUCUCAUCUUCCGCCAUAGUCCUUCUACGAAUGAAUCCUUAAGCAAUGGAUUGCUCAAUCCCAUUUAUCCAGUACAUCCGCGGGCAUCUGCCGACGGAGUUACAGCUCCCAAGUGCAUGGUAGAGUUCGCAGAUGUCUCUUCGGUCGAUCUCAGCGAUUACCGGACGUUAAGUCUUAUGCCAAUCCAUGGCACACUUGGGUUAAUUACCGUCAGCAAUGAUAUAUUCCUUUGCGUAAUAACAGCCAGAACCGUAGUGGCACAGGUGAGGCCUAGAGAAACCGUUGAAAAGAUAAUAGGGGUAGAAUUCCAUUGCUUGAACAAUGCGGAGUACGACAACACUUUUAUGGACGAUUUGGAUCCUUAUAGCUACAACGCUGAGAACACAUAUGGCCAGAAUUUGAGUCGACGGGAUCCAAUCGUGGAGCACCCUUGUGCUGAGCUGCAGAGGCUAUUGGCAGAUGGAACCUUCUACUACAGCACAAAUUUUGACCUUACAAAUCGAUUGCAAGACCGAUCUACAGAUGCAACGGCAAACGAUGUUGAGAGCUUCGACGACUCUUUCCUAUGGAAUUCAUAUAUGAUUGGUUCCUUGGGAAAAUUCCGAUCUCGCCUUGUGGUACAUGAAAGAGACGCUUUGGACAAGUCUGGUAUUCUUAUAUCUGCGAUUCGUGGCCAUGUUCAAACGAAUACUAUACCUCCCGCCUCCGAUCCUUUGCGAACUUCGAGAUCAGGCCUCCCAUCGUCUCUUACGUUGAUAUCUCGAUUGUCUUGUAAACGAGCUGGCACAAGGUUUAAUGCUCGAGGAAUUGAUGAUGAUGGAAACGUCGCAAACUUCGUUGAAUCAGAAACAGUUUAUUGGAGCCCCUCUGCCAAUGUACAAUAUUCUUCGGAGCAAGCAGACGAGAAACCAGCUGGCAUUUGCUUUUCAUAUGCCCAAAUAAGAGGAAGUGCCCCGAUAUUUUUCGAGCAGGCACCUGGUUUACUUCCAGGCCAACAAAAGGUUACUGUAACCAGAUCUCCUCAGGGCACUCAGCCAGCUUUUGACAAACACUUUGAGGAAUUGGAGCGUAACUACGGCGCAGUUCAUGUGGUCAAUCUGCUCAGUGAAACUAAACCAGCUGAAGCCGAAAUUACUGCUUGUUAUCAAUAUGGAAUUAAUCAUUCGUCAUUGAAUAAAACAGAAGAGAAGAAUGCCAAAGAUCAUCAAUUGUUGAGGGUCACAGAAUAUGAUUUUCAUGCCGAGACGAAGGGACCUCAAGGUUACCAGGCAGCUAGCAUGAUUCGAAGUAUAAUUGAAAAUUCAGCAGAUGGCUUUGCAUAUUAUCUGUCUGAAGAAAUUGAUGACACGGAAGAUGUUCCUGAGAACCAAAUCCGAAGAACAGUGGUCGUAUUACAACAAGAAGGUGUAUUUAGAACCAAUUGCCUGGAUUGCUUGGACAGGACGAAUCUUAUUCAAACUAUCAUAUCUCAAAUGGCAGUAGAGUCGUUUCUCCUGCAUAGGGGGGCCAGAGGCACUUCCGAGUUUUGGAUGCGUCACUCAACAAUGUGGGCUGAUAAUGGCGAUGCUCUUUCACGAAUAUAUGCAGGUACAGGAGCUCUUAAAUCAUCGUACACGAGAUUUAAUAAGCAGACUCUCUCUGGUGUAUUUGCCGAUGCACGAAAGAGUGCUACCCGAUUAUACAUGAACAAUUUUGUGGACAAGGGACGACAAAACACUAUUGAUGUGCUCUUGGGCAGACUUGUGGGACAAGUGCCUGUGCAUUUGUUCGAUCCUAUUAAUGACUACGUGACGGCUGAGCUAAACAAGCGUAGCUCGGAGUUCCAGUCUUCUGAGGUGAUAAACAUAUGGGCUGGAAGUUUCAAUCUUAAUGGGCGCACAUCUGGUAUAGAAGAAGACCUGGCUUUAUGGUUAUGUCCUGAGCUUGAAAAAUCACAGCAGCAUCCUGAAAUAGUAGUGGUCGGCUUCCAAGAAAUAGUGGAAUUGAGCCCUCAGCAAAUUAUGAACAGUGAUCCAACAAUAAAACAAGCAUGGGAAAAGGCCGUGCGAAAGACUCUAAACAGACAUGCUCAUGCAGCUGGUCAGGAUCACUACGUGCUGCUACGAAGUGGCCAGCUUGUGGGAGCUGCCCUAUGCGUAUUCGUUAAAGCUUCAGUUUUACCAAACAUCAAGAACGUUGAAGGCAGCGUUAAAAAGACUGGGAUGUCUGGGAUGGCUGGCAACAAAGGUGCCGUUUCAAUCCGCAUGGAUUAUGCAAAUACUCAGAUCUGCUUUGUGACUGCACAUCUAGCUGCUGGCUUCAAAUUGUCCACUAAUGCUAUUACAGAUACGGUUAUUUGGAUGGGUGACUUCAAUUAUCGGAUAGGACUUGGACCUGAGCGGGUCAAGCAACUCAUAAAAAUGGGCGACUUGGAGACUUUAUACGAGAAUGAUCAGUUAAACCUGCAAAUGGUAGCUGGUCUAACAUUCCAAUACUAUUCCGAGUCCAGGAUCACUUUUAUGCCAACAUAUAAAUUUGACAUCGGUACCGAUACAUACGAUACGAGUGAAAAGGCCAGAAUUCCGGCAUGGACCGAUCGAAUCCUACGGAAAGGUAACAAUUUACGUCAAAUCAAUUACAACACCGCGCCCCUACGGUUUUCCGACCAUAGACCUGUAUAUGCAAACUUUCAGUGCACUGUGAGUGUCAUUGACGACGCUAUCCGUGAUUCUCUCAGUAGAAGCAUUUACGAUAGGAGGAGAGAGGAGAUUGGCGGCGCAACAGCUAGUUCAAAAUUGGAUGGAACUGACGAUGAGGACUUGAUUGGAUUCGAGAGCCUAGAGCCUGGUUUACCACCUGCAAGCUCGAGUGAGAGGAAAUGGUGGCUUGACGGGGGGAAGCUUGCGAAGAGCCAAGUUCAACCGCCGAGCAAUUCAAAGGAUGUGGUACCAAAUCCAAGGAGACCGAGCAACCCGUGGAGUGUGAGCGAUGAACCUGACUGGGUCAAGGUUUCAAGACCUGGCAUGUCUUCACGGAACAGUUCACAGAGAAUGUCUCUUCCACCGACACCUGUGGGAAGAAACGGCACUGUACCACGAAAGCUUCCACCCCCUUUUGACUCUUCUUCUCUCCCUAGUUCCCAAAGCAGACUUGGAAAUCCAAUAAAGGGUAAUUCCUCAACCCCAGCCUUGGCUGCAAAGACAGUACUCCCUCCACCACAGCUAGUAGCGAGCAACUUCCCGACUCCGACCCCGACAACAACAACAAAACCAGUCCUUCCCCCACCUCAACUUACACGGCGCGCAUCGACCGAAACAACACGUUCCUCGUACAAGAAAGCACCACCUCCUCCAAGAAAGCCUGUACAUUUAGCAUCUACUUCCGUUUCACCUACCCUCUCAACUUCUUCGUUGGCUUCAAGAUCGAAAGAUCCGCCACCUAUGCCCGGUGCAUAUAGAGAUUUCUCGCCGCCUACUCGGAGAGCUACUUCUGGUAUAGAUAAAAGUAAUCUGGAACCACCUCCGCCACCACAGCCUCGAAGACCUGGAAGAAAGGUAGACGAUGAAGGGGCAAAGCCAGAGUUGCCGAAAAGACCGCUUGACUUGUUGGGCGAUAAUGAUGAUAUUGGGGGAUGGCAGGCCUUGGAGCCUACUAAAUGAUCGAUGCAUACUGCAGUUAGAAUCGGGCGUUGAUAGAAAUAUAAUGGAAAGCAUGGUAGAUUAAAAUGGGCUAUAGGUAAUGCAUUUGAUGGAAUUAGAGCGGUGUACUUGUUAAGCUUAGCGAAAAUACAUUAAUUUUCAGCGUUA